UAACAACACAGUCUGUCAUGGUUCGAAACGUACAUUUUAUUCAGUUUCAUGCGGCGAAGGAGAAGUAUUUUGACAUCAGUCACUGGGAAAUGGCUGCUUACGCCUGAACGAUCCCAAAAUUUCAAAGAAGCAACAAUCAGACGUCCUGCGGUAAACCCCAAUCGCCUCUGUAGAAGGACUUUAUAUGUUUUUGCAGAUGUUUUUACGAUACAUGAGUAUAGUUUUAAAUGUGUGUGGUGGGAGAGGGGGCAGGAUCGGAGGAGGAGUCGUGAUGUCGCACUAACUGCUUGAUAAAUUACGCUGCGGGUUCGUAAAGCACAGAAAUAACAAGCGACUACGGCGCAAAAUGGAGCGGUUUGUUUUAAUUUAUAUUUGGCUCGCUGGGUAUUUUCAGCUUGGUCGAGUCCUCAGCGUCAGUUUAAGAGACGCGCCGACUCUUGGAUCUAAAAAUACUCCCAGACUACUGAGCAAAGAUACAGUCAGAGGUGGAUUUGAAUAUCCAGUGUCCCAGAAUCACAGUGUUUUCUUCUUUAAUGAAGACUCUGAGGAGAUGUAUGUUGGAGGGACUGAUUUUGUUUUAAAACUGGACACGGGUGACUACCAUGUCAAAGAGAAAUUUCCUCUGGAAGUAACAGGGCAACGGAGGUGUCAAGGGGGACCCUGUAAAAAUAUCAUCACUGUCAUUGAGAAGUUUCAGGACAGCCUGUUUGUCUGUGGAACAAAUGGACACAGGCCUCAAUGCUGGAAACUUUUCCCAUCAGUGAACAAUCAGUCCAGUGAAAUAGUGGAGAGUUAUGAGGGGACGGGCAUUUCUCCGUUCGUGUACACCCAGAACUCCCUGUCACUGACAGUAGAAGGGGACCUGUAUGCAGCAGCGCCUUUGGAUACUGAUGGAAGUUCAUUGCAAUUCAGAAGAAAAGCUGGCCACAGGACUAAUGUUUGGAUGUAUGACAACUGGGUCUCAGAACCCACGUUCAUCUCUGCGUCCUGGGUGAGGCGAGUGGAGGACCCUGACAACGAGAAAAUUUAUGUCUUUUUUCGGGAGAAGAACUCAGACCACAGCCCAGAGGCUGACCCCUGGAUAUCUAGGGUUGCCAGAGUUUGCAAGGUAGAUGAAGGCGGAUCGAAACGAUUCUUCCAGAACAUGUGGACAUCUUUUCUCAAGGCCCGGCUUGUCUGUGGGUUUCCAGAGGAAUCGCUGUAUUUCAACCGCCUCCAGGACAUUUAUGUGAUGCACGCUGAGGACUGGCACAACACCAGAGUCUAUGCCCUUUUCACAAGCAGCUGGAACUCUACAGCAGUUUGCAUCUAUACUAUAGAAAUGAUUGAAGAGAUAUUUGAGCACUCAACUUUCAAAGGCUACAACAAAGACAUUCCCCACCCGAGGCCUGGAACGUGUGUACAAAACAGCAAGAGCCUGCCACUGGCCACAGUCAAUGUGGUGAAGGAUCACCCGGAAAUGGUUGACUGGGUUCACUCCGUGCACUACACAGCUCCAUUUUAUGUAAGCAGCAACGACUACACCAAGAUAGCUGUGGACAGAGUUCAAUCUGCGGACCAGCACAUUUAUAACAUCCUGCUUCUAGCCACAGAUUCUGGCAAGAUCCAUAAAAUCUUAGAGGCUGGGUCUGAACCUUUCAUCAUCUCAGAAACACAACUCUCCAGCAGUUCAACCAUACAAUCAAUGAAGCUUGACUCCAAAAAGAAAAAGUUAGUCGUGGGUUUUUCAGAGAAAAUCUCCACUGUGGAUCUCCAGAGGUGUCAGGAGUACAACAGCUCCUGCGCAGAUUGUGUUCUGGCCCGGGACCCAUACUGUGCGUGGACUAAAUUUGGAUGUACCCCGACUGUCCCUGGAGGCAUUCAGAAUAUCAUGGAUGGGGAAAUAAAUGUGUGCUCAGUAGAAGAACAAGACCAAGUACACCGGGCCAAACGGGACAUAGUUUCAACAGCACCAGCAGAUUUGUGGACAGAUCAUUCAGUGCCCCUGGGUGUCCCUUUCUACCUGUCAUGUCCUAUAGACUCUUACCACGCUAUCUACACCUGGGAGCACAGUGGCCAGAGCAGCCCUUGUCUGCAGAUGCAGUCUAACUGUCUGCACCUCAUCCCUGCCAUAGCACAAGAGAACUACGGUGUCUACGAGUGUGUUUCCAAAGAGAAAGACUACACAAAAGUGGUGAAAACAUAUCAGCUUUCAGAGCAAAGGAUCCCACGCAUAUAUAAGAAAAUUAUCCCUGGUGAAAGAAAUUAUGCAUCAGCUGAUGUGUCGCAGACGGCAUUGAUUGUACUUGGGCUGGCUGUAGCAGCAUUGCUGUGAUUGCUAUUUAAACUUCACUCUACUUUUUGAAAGGUCUUUCUGAUGCUCAAAACCUCAUGUUUGAAAAUGUUGCGACAGCAUUCUCAGGCCCUUUUUCUCUGCCUUUGCUAAUCAGACCAGGAUGCAGCCAUAACUUAAGAAAAUCCACUAUAGCACCAACAAAGCUCAACAGUUCAAACUGGAACUCCCGCAGUAACCUCAAAAAUAGAUAGGGUGGGCACAUAAUAGAUGCAUUUGGCAAAAAAGUUCAGCCAAGUCCACAGGAAGAUGCUGUAGCCAAGCUUACUGGCUACAGCAGAGAUGCCGGAACAGGAAAAGGUUGGUGUGUGAUGAAAGGCAAAAGCAGCACAGUCGGUUAGCAGCAGGACGCAGCUCAAAUGAUCGGAGGAGAAAUCCAAUGGUGCAGUGCCUAAUGGUGUUUGUUUUGAUCUUGAAUGGAGCACUGCUGUGUUUCUUUGAGUGAGCACUUGUCUUUCUUUUAAGACAAGGGAAAGAUGAAAGGUGUAAGUAAUUUGAAGGAAUACCUUUAAAUGAGGUUCAGUCUGUAUAUGGCUCAAACCAACCAACCAAGGACAAAGCUUUGAGUCAGACAGCCACAGACAUAAUAUAGUCAGGAGUCAGGAAAAAGUAAUGUUCCUGUGUGUAUUUAAUUUGUGUUUAGAGAAGGGUGGAGGCACUGAAUGUCCCUGUUUUGUUCAAAGCCUCCCACUGGUCAGUGGAAGGGAGCUGUUUGAAAAAUGUGCAGUGAAAUGCGUCUUGCUACAGAGCAGACAAUGUCUAACUUCUAGAAUAAAAAGGCACCUUGUUUAAUUUGCACAUCGGUUUUGGCCAAAAAUGUAAAUUUCUUUAAAUUUGAUAUUUACACACAGAAACUAUGAUCAAAAUAAGCAAACAAUAGAUAUAAUGUCGUCAUACUGCACUCAACAUUGAAUAGAUUUUAGAUGGUUUUAGAAGAUAAUAGAUAUAACUGUAUCUGCACAAUGUGCAAACAUCUGUUGCUUAAGUUCUGAAUAAGCUGCUUUUCUAGAUUGUUAUUUAUGUGAAAGCGAGACUAUGUACUUUUGGUGAAGAGUAGCCACUGUUGCCACAACUGACAAUUGUGAGGGAAUGCUGAAUGCUAGCAAAAAUAGAGACAUUAGCUUUGUAAUAAUAAUAGAGCAAUAUCUUGGUUAAAAUUUGCUCAUAUUAGCUAACAUUUAGCAACCAAAAGCUACAAGUCGCAUCAGACCAAGUAAGGCUGUAGCACCAAUACACCUGGGAGCAGUGGUGCAUUUUAUUGUGCACCAAUUCACCUAUUUGCUGUGAAUUUGAUGAAUGUGUUUUUUUCUUCUUCCGAAAGGUGUAUAUUCUCGCUUUAAGCAAGAUAUGUUAAAAACUACUAAACUUAAAAUAUUUAUUCUGUAAACAAUAUUUUGGUACGACCUUAACACUUGUUUUUAUUGUUAAAUCUUGUUGUAUAUUUGAGAUUUUUAUAUGCAAAAACUAUGUGUCCUUAUAAUUUCAAAAAAUGUUUAUUUUUGCAUAAUGAUUGAUUGAGAAUAUAUAUAUAUAUGUAUAUUAUUAUUAUUACUGAUGUCCUAAUUAUUAAAAUAACAUUUA